AUAAGCCAUGAAGCCGGCGGUGCUGGAAGUAAUGAGGAUGAACCGGGUGUGCAGGGUGGUCCUGGUCACCUCCGUGGGCUCCUUCAUCCUCGUCAUCUUCUACUUCCAAAGUAUGUUGCACCCAGUAAUGCGUAGAAAUCCAUUUGGGAUGGACAUUUGCUGUCGGAAGGGAUCCAGAAGCCCACUCCAGGAGCUGUAUAAUCCCACCCAGUUGUCCAACACAGCAAUUCUUCACCAGAUUAGACGAGACCAGGUGACAGACACGUGCCGAGCAAAUAGUGUGUCCAGCAGGAAGCGCCGAGUGCUGACACCCAACGAUCUCAAACACCUGGUGGUGGAUGAAGACCAUGAAAUGAUCUAUUGUUAYGUUCCCAAAGUGGCCUGCACAAACUGGAAGAGAGUCAUGAUGGUUUUGACAGGAAGAGGCAAGUACAGUGAUCCGAUGGAAAUACCAGCCAACGAAGCCCACGUGUCUUCAAAUUUGAAGACCCUCAACCAAUACAGCAUCCCAGAAAUCAACCACCGCUUGAAAAACUACAUGAAGUUCCUGUUUGUUCGCGAGCCUUUCGAGAGACUGGUGUCAGCCUACAGGAACAAGUUCACGCAGAAGUACAACACUUCCUUCCACAAGAGGUACGGCACCAAAAUCGUGAGGCGCCAGAGGAAGAACGCGACCCAGGAAGCUCUGCGGAAAGGCGACGACGUCAAAUUUGAGGAGUUUGUGGCAUAUCUCAUCGACCCACACACCCAGAGAGAAGAGCCCUUCAACGAGCACUGGCAGACUGUGUACUCACUGUGCCACCCCUGCCACAUCCACUACGACCUCGUAGGCAAAUACGAGACGCUCGAGGAGGAUUCCAACUACAUCCUUCAGCUUGCGGGCGUAGGCAACUACCUGAAGUUCCCCACCUAUGCAAAGUCCACGAGAACUACUGAUGAAAUGACCACAGAGUUCUUCCAGAACAUCAGCUCGGAGCACCAAACGCAGCUGUAUGAAGUCUACAAACUUGAUUUUUUAAUGUUCAAUUACUCAGUGCCAAGCUACCUGAAAUUGGAAUGAGGGAUGGGUUUGGGGGGAGAGAGGGGAGAGAAAGCCUGUUUUAUUUAAGAUUUUUAUUUGUCAUAAUAAAUAUGGAGAAUGGGUUAUUUUGUAAAUUAAUAUUUUCCUUUUUUUUUUUUUUUUGAAUGAUGCUGCGAGCAGCACAGUCAAAAUUAUUUAAAUCAACUGUAAGAAAGGACAGCUCUCUUUGCAGGGUAACAGCAUUGUGACGAUCUAGCUGUAGAAAUCAGUAAUUCUGCUACACUGUUUUAAAAUGUUACUUGUGUUCUGGUGACUUUCAUUGAUCUUGCAUUCCUCAAAUUCUAAUUAAUGUUAUUUAUACUUAUUUAAAACAUGGUCUCUCGGUAGGGUUCACUUYAGCAGCAUACACAAGACAGCGUGGACAAAAGGAAUCUGGUUUUGUACUUUCCUCAGCUGAGCGUGGCUCUGGAUGUUAAUACUCUUCCAUUAGCCUUUUGUGCUGGUCAAUGUGGGAGUGGUUCUCGAUAGCACGUUUUGAGAAAUACUGGUGGAAAUCAUUUCUUCAGACAGUGACGUUGCACAYAGGCAUGCUAGAAGGCUAUCUUCCCAGUCCUGUGGGGAAAAAAAAAACAGAUUUUGGUAGAUACAUGAUAUCYAAAAUUCACGUCUGAGAGAAUUGUGAAUAUUUUCCCGAGAAAGAGAAACCAUGAAUGUUUUAAUUUGGUCUGAAUGAUUUUUAUCAAGAAUAUAAUUAGAGUCCCAGUGUCUCAUAAUUCCCAGCCUGCCAGCCCCACUGAAUGCAGAUUUACAUCCAGAAGUGGAUUUGCGGAUGCUGCAUCAGAAAAAUUGGCAUUUUGAAAGCGACUGUUUUGCAAGUGGGGACUUUUUGACUGCCCAAAGCAAAAGACACUUAAUUCUGACCCAGGAUGCGAAGGGUGAGGGCCACCCACCUUCUGAAAAAUCCUGCCUUCUUAACCGAUGGGCAAUCAAAAUUGGCUCUAGUGCUCCAAAGAUACUGGUGAUAAUACAUUGCUAUGAAGGAUGCGRGCAUGUCAUUUAAGAAGUCCAAAAGUCAUCUUCUUGUUGAUCUGCAAGCACGCAAGGCAAUAAAAAAAGGUCUCUGAUCUUCCUA